AGCACUUUGUAGUUUUUUAAUUAAAAAGGGGGCGGAUGGAGUUAUUGGUACUGAUUUAUUGCUAUUUAAGACGCACAUUCAGCGUGAUGAAAUAGCUGUAUGUUGACGGUGACGUUUUCAGUGGGAGGUGAUGGUAUAUUAUUCGAGGUCCUUAAUGGUGUGUUUGAAAGACCCGACUGGUUGGAAGUUCUAAAUCGCAUUGUUUUUGCCAUUAUACCUAGUGGUUCGGGAAAUGGGCUUGCUCGUACCAUCGCACACCAGUUUUCUGAACCUUAUCAUCCACAUCCAACUCUUGCCGCUACCUUAGCUUUAGUGAAGCGACAUGUUGAACCGAUGGAUAUUGUUCGAGUUGAGACACGUUCCAAAAUUAUGUUUUCAUUCCUGUCGGCAGGUUGGGGUUUGCUUUCGGAUAUUGAUAUCGAAAGCGAAAGUUUACGAAUGCUUGGUGGCCAGAGAUUUACCUUAUGGUCGCUAGCGCGACUCAUAGGUUUACGUAGUUAUACAGGAAAAGUAUCCUACUUACCUCUCGAUGAACGGCAACAGCAACAGUUACCAAAAAUGAGUACAAAAACCUCGGUUGAUCCUGCGAACGUGGAUUUUCCUGAUGAAGUUCUUUUAGAAACAGCAGAAAUGCGUACUAGAUUAGGUUCAUGGUAUAGCGCUGCUUCCCGCCGCAGUGCCUAUUUCUCUAUGGUUGGUAGUGUGUAUCAGUCAACUACUGGAAGNAUAAUUAUUGAAAUACGGCAUGCAGCUUAA